GCGGAGGGGAGGAUGGGGUGAGUAGGGGGAGUGACGAUGCUGCAACUGCAGGCGUUAUUAAACACGAGCUCCCUAAGAGGGUGGAGAGGCGAGGGGAGAGAGAGAGAGUGUGUACUCUCACAAUCCAAGCCUGGAGAGAGAGAGAGAGAGAGAGAGAGAGAGAGAGAGGAAGAUGGGCUUGUUCUAACAGCUUUGACUGCAGUUGCGCCCGGUUUUCGGAGUGUGGAAGGAGAGUCGGGGUGGACCAGGGCAACGUGACGAGGAAGAAGGAAAGAGCGCAUCGCGGUGCAACGCCCCCCCCUUGGCAUGCGAGUGCGGCCCCAGUGGGGCGCUCCGUGUAGACGCAGCCGUGGGACGGAGUGGUCUCUGUGGAGUCCGAGCCCGGACUGAGAUGCGCUGCGGUUGACCCGGACCACACGGGAGCAGUUCUCACCAUGCUGGGGAAGGAUUACAUGUUGGCCAUCAUCAUAGUCAACUACGAUGAUAAUAUCUGGAAUGAUCAGAACCUGGGCCUGGACUCGGAUCUGCCCCCUGGGUGGCGCACCAUCCGGGACAGCACCGGCACCUAUUACUGGCACAUCCCCACUGGGACCACCCAGUGGCAGCACCCGUCGUACACGUCUGAGGAGGAGCGGAACGCUGUGGGCGACCUGAAGGGUCUUGAUGCUGGAGCAGCCCAAGGAUCAAGGACGAGGCAGAUUGAAAGCCCACUGUCCUCCAUGAACAGGAUGGAUUACUCGUCUGGCUUGGACCCCGACUCCAAGCAGUGCUUUGCGGUUCGCUCCCUGGGCUGGGUGGAGAUCCCAGAGGAGGACUUGGUACCUGGAAAGAGCAGCAUCGCCGUCAACAACUGCAUCCAGCAGCUGUCCCACAGCAAAAGCGAGGGCUGGGAUGCCAUGGGUGCCUGGGGUCAGGGCCAGGACAUGGUGAUGGUGCUCAAGAAGGACACCCUCAGCCUGGUGGACCCCAUGGACCACAGCCUCAUCCACUGCCAGCCCAUCGUCAACAUCCGUGUGUGGGGUGUGGGCUGCAACAACGGCAGCAGAGACAGAGACUUUGCCUUCGUGGCGUGCGACAAAGACACCUGUAUGCUGAAGUGCCACGUGUUCCGCUGCGAUGUCCCCGCAAAGGCCAUCGCCACCACUCUGCACAAGAUGUGCUCUAAGAUAGUCGCGGAGAAGGCCUCCAUGCACCCGUCUAUGUCCCGCUCGCUUACUGUUGAAAGCAUCUCCUCCGAAGACCUCCCACUUCAAGUGGACUUCAUGGAUGCCGCGAGCCAGCGGGUGCAGAGGUUCCAGGUGCAGUACGUGGGGAACCUUCCCGUCCCGCGGGCCAUGGGUAUGGAGGUGCUGAACCGGGCAAUAGAGAGCAUCAUGAACACCACGGAGAGGGACGAGUGGGAGCCCAUCAGCAUUCACGUGACAGAUGCGGUGCUGUCGUUGUGGAAAGGACAGGAAGAAGCAGACCCAUUCUGGGAGUGUCAAGUCCGCUACCUGACCUUCCUGGGCGUGGGUCACGACACGCACACCUUUGCCGUAAUUGUGGACACUGGGAGACAGCGGUUUGAGUGUCAUGUCUUCUGGUGUGAGCCGGAUGCUGGCACCAUCUCAGAGGCAGUGCAAGCUGCAUGCAUGGUGCAGUACCAGAAGUGUUUGGUGGCGCAGACUCCACCUCUGAAGUCAAAAAUGUUAUGGACGGGCUCCAAGGUGAAGAGAGCCACCUCCAUGGACAUUUCUUCCCUUGAGUCCCGCCAUCAUGGACCCUCUUCCCCAAAGUUUGUCACAUCCGGGGUGAGGAAAGGCAUGGCGGCGUUCUUCGAGACCUUCCGGAGCAAGCAGUCGGCAGUGCCGAUGCCUUAGUCCCUCAUGGAGGGACCUGGGUGGGCACAGUAAACAGGUGUAAAUGUAUUUGGGUGUGUGAAUCUGGUUUCUGACUUGGGGUGAUCAUUGCAUCAGUGAAUGGGUGUCUUUUUUCCCCUGUGAUGAUGGCAUAUCUGCGAGAUGGCCUUCGAAGCGAUGUACAUAUCUGAACAAGAUGUGUUGUGUGCUGCAGUUUUUACAUGAAAACCCAGGUGCUGUACUGUCACAUUCCAUACCUCUUUUUCCUGACUCAAAGCUAGAAAACCAAGAGUCUUUUAACUGAAAGUUACCACGGAAUACAAAACCUGACAGACCAGACUAAGCAAAGGAUCCAACCGAUGGCCAGUUUAGCACAUGACAUAGGAAUCAAAAUCAUGCUGUGCAAUGAACAGACGUGCCAGUAAAGGCAUCUAAAAGCUAUUCCGAAAGCUUGGUAGUGGUAGUAAAAUGUAAAAUUAACGGCAUAUUUAUUGUGCAUUUACUUUUCUGCUGUGCUGUACGUAGAAGCUGUCCAUGACUCUUCAAGUUAUUUUACACGCUGGAAUGACGAGUCAAACGGGUGUAUUUCAGCCUUCAUCCAAAAAGAAUCACAGCUGUUGAACAGGCACAUCAGGAGCUUGAAUUAACGCUUCCAACACAGCCAAAUAAAAGAUUUUGCAGGACGGAUGAUUAGAACUUGAACGGAACUUCUCAAAACAAUUCUAGAAAGGCUCUUCAAAGCCAUUCAAUCCGCAUCCUAUAUUAUGUUUUCUGGAAUUAUUCAAAGUAGAGCGUCUUUCACUGUCAGUCACCAGUCACUUGAUGCCCUCGCUAUUAUACCUGGUGUGGCGAUAAAGGCACGUGUAGUUAAAAGAGAGUUCGCUCCCACUCCCGCUCUCGUCGACAAGUCGAUAAUCCACGACACGCCAUGGCAGAAACUACCGCCACGGCCAACACAGACACGGCCCAGGCGAGCUGUGUGAAACUAUUAAAUAUUAAAGCCCGCUUUAAUAUCGAAUGAGCACGUUACAGUACAUAAGCGGGUGAAAAUAGGCCCCUUCCACUGCUCCUUCCUUCUUCCUGGUUGCUUGGGCACAUGGAGGACAUGAGGAACAUGGGCAACGCUAGGCGCGCUUGGAUGCCUACAGACACGAUGGUGUCGAAACAAAGCACCCUCAGCAAACGGGUGUCCAAGUUACCACCCCAGCGGCACCGAAAUGUACACAACGAUCAAUACAAUUUUAAAAAAAUGAAUGAUUUAACCCGUGUAAAAGGAAUGCAUAGCCGCCCAACAAAAUAAUAUAUACGUGCGGGAGUGCACGACCCUGUCUGAUGUCCUGGGAUAUGCUGCAUGACUUUUUUUUUUCUUUUUUUUUUUUUUGAUGACUUGCUAAUUUGGGAUUGCGUGCGAUGCUGUAUAUACAGUAUGUCUGUCAUGAAACUUGAUAUGAGCAUCAAUGAGAAUGGCACUGGCUUGAGCAAAUUAAUACCACACUUCAGAAUGUACCCCUUUUUGUCAAUUAUAUAAAAAGAAAAAAACAAACAAAACAACAACAACAAAAAAAAAACCUUUAUUCAGUCAA